AGAUUCAGUAUUUGGUCCUAAUAUUAAUGGUAGCGUAAUAGUUCAACCAGUGAAACGUUUUGGUGUGUAAACAUGAGUUUUUUGUUCGCAGGAUAAUUUUUUAUUUUUAUUUCAACGCGGCUUUUGUUUCCAGUCGGACGACUUAUUGCGACGCACAACAACAAGCACUUGUCCCUUUAACCGAAUAGCUGUUGUUUUAAACAUUUUGUUCACGUAUACAAAGGGCGGUUAGGUUUAUUUACAGGUAGACGGAUAGAUGUCUGACUCCCAAGAACAAACUAAAAAAGCUGAGGAGGAGCCUGAUACACCUGACCACGAGGCCGAGUCAGACGACAGCAGCGAGGAAGGCGACGCUUCUGGAGACACUGAAAUGGAUUUCUUGCGCAGUCUAUUCUCUCGGACUCUCGGCCUGAGCCCUGGAGAGAAAGUCCUUGAUGAACUGAGCCUUGACGGAGUUGCUCGUUAUAUACAGAGUGGUAAAUGCAAGAAUGUUAUCUGUAUGGUGGGUGCAGGAAUAUCGACCUCGGCCGGCAUCCCUGACUUCCGCUCUCCUGGAACUGGCCUCUAUUCCAAUCUGCAGAAAUACAACCUGCCGUACCCGGAGGCCAUCUUUCAGAUCGACUACUUCAAGAAACAUCCAGAACCUUUUUUUGCUUUGGCCAGAGAGCUCUACCCAGGACAGUUCAAGCCCACUGUGUGUCAUUACUUCAUAAGGAUGCUGAAGGAUAAAGGCCUUCUCAAACGCUGCUAUUCACAGAACAUUGAUACAUUAGAGAGAGUGGCAGGACUGGAAGGAGAGGACCUGAUUGAAGCCCAUGGAACCUUUCACACUUCACACUGUGUGAGUUUCCUCUGCCGGAAGGAGUACACCAUGGAGUGGAUGAAAGACAAGAUCUUUGCUGAGGACAUUCCUAAGUGUGAAGCCUGUAACAGUCUGGUCAAACCUGAUAUUGUGUUCUUUGGUGAGAAUCUUCCAACUCGAUUCUUCAGCUCAAUGAAAAAGGAUUUUCCUCAGUGUGAUCUUCUCAUCGUAAUGGGCACAUCACUGCAGGUUCAACCUUUUGCGUCUCUUGUCAGCAGAGUUCCCACUAGCUGCCCACGGCUCCUCAUCAAUAUGGAGAAGUCAGGACAGUCGGAUUUCGCAGUGGGCUUUCUGGGAUUUGGAGGAGGAAUGGAUUUUGAUUCAGAUAAAGCAUACAGGGAUGUUGCACAUUUGAGUACGUGUGAUGAUGGCUGCUUGGCUCUAGCAGAGCUGCUGGGUUGGAAGGCUGAGCUGGAGGAGCUGGUGAAGCGUGAACACGCUCUUAUUGACAGCAAAGAUGCGAAAAAGAAAGGCGAGCAGACGAGUCAGAGCUCUACGGCCUCAGAGAAAGACGUCAAAAACACAGAGACCGAGAAGACAAAGUAGUCAAGCGGAGUGAAAAAUUAAAGCCCCGUCCAUUUUGACUCCCAGUCUUUGAUUCUCGGAGACUGCUGUCCCUCGUCUCUCUGUCUCUUUGAAAUUUCUGUCAUACUAGAUAUACAACGGGCUUAGAAUUUCACUCCUUGGAUAUUUAUAUCAUGGUAAAUUAGGAAAACUAGGCCCAGAGCAGCAACAUUUAUCACGUAAGCUACGAAUUGUACUGUACACAUUGAGGCGAGACGGAUGCAGGUGACAGAUAAGCCAAACAAUCUUGCGUGACCUUGUCUGGUUCACUGUAAUCCUGAUAUGCAUAAGGCUUUUAACAACAAUUUGUCAUUUUUUAUUAAGGGGUAGUUAUGCAUACUUUCCCAGAUUAAAUGGUGGUAUAUGUACAGGAGGCUGUUUAUUAUCUUGACUGAUGAGCUGAAUGUGUUUUAUUUGCCGAAGGUGGUAGAGGUAUUUGUUAAUGCUUAGAAUAUCAAAACUUAUGGACUUGGUGGUUUUGUGGACAGCCUUACUAAGGCAAAAGAUUGUAACUGAUUAUAGAGUGAAAAAGAAAAUAUAUUAAUUAAAUAAGUUCAGUCAAUGUUCAGCCAAAUAAAUAGUCGCUAGAUGAUAUAAUGGAGGGCUUUUUGAUGGGAAGUAUAGUUAGAGUUGAUCUCAUUGACUGAUGUCUUUUUCUUUUUUGUUUUGUUUUGUUUAAUCAAAUUUCCUCUUCAUUUAAAAAAUAUUUCCAUUGAUGAAUUGAGGUAUCCAUUAUAAUAAUAUAGCCUGAUAUGUUUAAAUUGCUUAAUUUGCAAUGUUUUUGUUAAUGUUGCAGUGUUUCCUAUCUGUGCCAUGAUUAUGCAAGACUUGAGAUUAUUUAAAAAAUAUUAUUUAAAAAAUGUUUCAUCAAUCAUGUGUUCAAUAACCAGCAAGAAAUGGAAAUAAACACUACAUAAAUGAA